GUGGGCGGAGUCUGUUGCUCCUUUACGUCAUUCAUGAGGGGGUAAGAUAUGAGGUGGGCGUGUCUUCGCUGUCACUGCUGCAUCAGUGAAUGACAUGAGGAUGUGAAAGAACACAGCGGGCUGGGCAUAUGAUUUUAAAGCCAUUCUCGAACGGACUGCUAUAUGGACGAUGAGGAAUACACUAAGGGCUGACUGAGAAACGGUUUGCAUCUGUGACUGAGUCUUCCGCACCUGCCAGCCAUGGACUAGACGAGAGGAGUGUGUGUUAGAGAGUGUGUGACCGCAGACAUAAGCAUGGUGGUGAGGUGGCUGCUCAACUCCCAUUGAGAACACAGAAAAUGAGAGCGUGAAGCUGCAGGGCAGGCAGCGCAGCCACAUGAUCCCAUGACUCUGGACAUGGAUGCAGUCCUGUCAGACUUUGUUCGGUCCACAGGGGCAGAACCGGGUCUGGCACGUGACCUGCUGGAAGGCAAAAACUGGGACCUGAGCGCCGCUCUCAAUGACUAUGAGCAGCUCCGACAGGUUCACACUGCCAACCUGCCCCACGUCUUCAACGAGGGCCGUUACUACAAGCAGCCGGAGCGUAGCAGCACCCCGCAGCACAUCAGCAAGCAUGAGCAAUGCCCCCAGAAACAAGAGGACAACACUCAGGAGAAGCGUCUGUCCCGGGGCAUUUCCCAUGCCAGCUCUGCCAUCAUGUCUCUGGCGCGGCUGCAGGUGACAGGGGAUUGUGCCAGGGAGCAGUUCCCCCUGGAGAUGCCCAUCUACACGUUCCAGCUGCCCGACCUGAGCGUGUACAGCGAGGACUUCCGCAGCUUCAUUGAGCGUGACCUCAUUGAACAAUCCACCAUGGUGGCCCUGGAGCAGGCCGGUCGAUUAAACUGGUGGUCCACCAUGUGCACCAGCUGUAAGAAGCUACUACCGUUAGCAACAACAGGAGACGGCAACUGUCUUCUGCAUGCAGCUUCUUUAGGAAUGUGGGGCUUCCAUGAUCGGGAUCUGGUGCUGAGGAAGAGUUUAUAUGCCAUGAUGAAGAGCGGAGCGGAGAGAGAAGCUCUGAAGAGGAGGUGGAGGUGGCAACAGACUCAACAGAACAAAGAGUCGGGGCUGGUGUACACUGAGGAGGAAUGGGAGAGAGAGUGGAACGAAUUGCUGAAGCUGGCCUCCAGUGAGCCGCGCACACACUUUAGCAAGAACGGCAACUCCAGUGGAGGUGUGGAUAACUCAGAAGACCCGGUUUACGAGAGCUUGGAGGAGUUCCAUGUGUUUGUACUGGCCCAUGUUCUGAGAAGACCUAUCGUGGUGAUCGCUGACACCAUGCUCAGAGACUCUGGAGGCGAAGCUUUUGCACCCAUUCCCUUUGGAGGGCUGUACCUGCCGUUGGAGGUGCCUCCCAACCGCUGUCAUUGUUCACCGCUGGUCCUGGCCUAUGACCAGGCCCACUUCUCCGCCCUGGUGUCCAUGGAGCAGAGAGACCAGCAGAGAGAGCAAGCCGUCAUCCCACUGACCGACUCCGAGCACAAGCUGCUAGCGCUGCACUUCGCGGUGGACCCUGGGAGGGACUGGGAGUGGGGGAGGGAUGACAAUGACAAUGCUAAGCUGGCAAAUCUUAUUUUAUCACUGGAAGCUAAACUAAACCUUCUGCACAACUACAUGAAUGUAACAUGGAUUAGAAUUCCUUCUGAAACAAGGGCUCCCUUGGCUCAGCCCGAGUCGCCCACUGCCUCUGCAGGUGAGGAUGUACAGUCUCUGGCAGAAUCCAUGGAUUCAGACCGGGAGUCUGUUUGCAGUAACUCCAACAUCAAUAACAGCAAGUCGAGUAAAGAGAAGGACAAGGACAAGCAGCGAAAGGACAAAGACAAAACAAGAGCAGACUCAGUAGCCAACAAACUGGGCAGCUUCAGCAAGACUCUGGGUAUCAAACUUAAGAAGAAUAUGGGUGGCCUUGGAGGACUUGUUCAUGGGAAGAUCAGCAAGUCCACUUUAACAAAUGGUAGAACGGUAGAGAACGGAGAGCAGAAAUCCAAGAAAAAGGACUCAAAAACACGAAAAGGGAGCAAAGAGGAGUCAGGCCAGUCGGCCAGCACAUCAUCCUCAGAAAAGACAACUAGUCCCUCUCCUACAGACCGUGCUUCUGGUAGCUCACCUGUUGAGAGACUGCCAGAAUCAGGCAAAAACUCGGGUGAUCGGACACUGGACAACUGGAAGUACAGCACAGAUGUUAAACUCAGCCUUAACAUACUUCGGGCAGCCAUGCAGGGUGAGCGCAAAUUCAUCUUUGCUGGGUUGCUGCUCACCAGCCACCGACACCAGUUCCAUGAAGAGAUGAUCAGCUUCUACCUGAGCAGUGCCCAAGAACGCUUCAGUUCUGAGCAGGAACAGAAGAGAAAAUCUGAGACUGAGAAGAAGCCUCAGGCCAAUGGGGUGGCACUAAAGAAGCCUGAACAGGAGAGUGCUUUCCAAAGGGAGCAUUCAGAUAGCUCUCCACCCGAGAGCUGCUCACCGCUAUUGCAAACUAGCCAUAACUCUUCCCAGGGUGUGAAGGUCCAAGAAAGGGGAAGCCCAAAGAUUGCUGCUUCCCCUAUCCCGAUACCCAUCCCAGCCUCCAUCCCAGGAUCCUCCAUGUCCCCUGUCCCUUUCUCCUCCCCUAGUAACGGUGCUAAGAAACCUGGACCAGUCCCUGUUUCAGCUCACUAUAGCCAUACGCCACCUAUCCAGAGGCACAGUGUCAUCCAUCUCAGGGAUGUCAAUGUGCAGUCAUCCAGCUACCAAGAGGAGUCCUACAAGCCAAUGGUCAGCACUCUCAAAACUUGUGCUACCUACCCCCAGCAAAACCGCUCAUUGUCCUCUCAGAGCUACAGCCCAGCCCGCAUGUCUGGCAUCCGUACAAUUAAUACCAUAGACAGCCUCCCGUACAACAUGCCUGGGGAACAUAAGUCCCACACUUAUACCAAUGGCUUCAACACUGGUGAUAUCCGGGACUGUCUGGAGUUUGCAGAUGAGGACCCAGCACCCCAUGCCUGGCUGGGGCAGGACAAAACCAAAGGGCAAAGUGGUGUUUGCCCAAUGUACUGUUUUCAGCAGAAACGUUGCAGGAGGGACAACUGCACCUUCUAUGGCCGACCCGAGACAGAGAACUUUUGCUCAUACUGUUAUAGAGAGGAGCUGAAACGCAGGGAACGAGAGAUAAAGGUGCACCGACCAGGAUAGACCUGCAAAUGCGCACACAUAUAUAGCCACCCCCAAUGUGUGUGAAACCAACAGCAACAACACCACCUUUUUGCACUUCGCAAGCUAUACAAAGAACUAGCAUAACAUUUUCCUACUAUAUUUAAGAUCAGCCUCCUUGCAUUCUUGUUAUUUUACUCUUAAUAGUGAACAAACACUGCUUGACAAUGACAGGAAGUGCAACCAGAAUCAGUUUACAGCUUUGGCCAGAGAUUGUGUUAUUGUUUGUCCUAUGUCCACUUUAAUUCAUACUUUUACUUGUUUUAGAGUAAAAGCUCUUGUCUGUGCAUUUUGCUCAGUCUGUGUCGUAAAGCUCCUUGUACCUGCAGAAAGAGAUGAAAAGCUUCCCAAAUCAUGUAAGAGAAAACUCUGUUUAGAGGUCAUUAUAAUGCAAUACUUCGCAGCAUAGCUCUUUGGAAUCUUAAUAUCCAAUAACAUUGAUUUUGCUGUGCAUUGCAAAUAAUUUAAAUGGGAGGGAGAUGCACUGUUCAGCACUCUGAUUUUAUUUGUUAUUUUUUUGAAAGCAAUAAGUUUGGUAACAACCACCAACCCUCCCCCUUUUAUCUAUGCAUUCAUGACGUCAGCCAUAUUCUACUUUUCCCCAUAUGAUUCUACGGGAUAUAGAUAAGAUUGUAAGAGGUCUGCUGUAUAGGGAUUAUAAUAGUGGAAAGUAUUCAAUUUGUGGAAUAUCAGAGUGUGUAUAUACAGUGUAAACACUGACUUUCUAUCAUGUACUAUAUUGUAAUAUAAAGCCUCUUCAUAGGAGGGUUUGCAUUUCAUCAUGAUAUCAAAUGAAACCUCACUGUUGUGUGCUACUUAAACUUGACAUCCGAUACAGUAAGCAUUUGACUUCCAUUCAUUGCUUUCUGUAUUUGCAAUAUAUAACACAGUCAUGCUAGCGAAUGCUAAAAUACAAGAACCACCUUACCUUAGGAUGUGUGUAUGAAAUGCAAACCCUUAUAUGCUUCAGCGGUGGACUAAAGUUGGAAAGCUUAUGAAACUGUGUUUGUCAACUGUUUUAUACUUUCACUGAUGGCACAGCUUGGCUAUAAGAAAUUGGCAACUGCUCAUCAACAUUCUUUAACACUCACUGCCAUGCUAGCCUCUAAUGUACCAAAAAUGGUCCUUCACCUCCAUUUCGUAUGUCCUCAGGAAUUUUACUCUUAACCCCCCAUUUGUGAUGAUCAUAUACAUACUGUAGAAGCAUCUAAAUCUAUAAAUGUAAAAUUGGAUAUUUAAAAGCUACAAAUCUACCUCUUGAAAGCAUUUUACGUUUUUGACUCAUAGAUUACAUAGCAGUGCAAAUAAAAUGUCCUAACUAGAUGCAAUGUGGAAUGUUAGUAGCUGAAAUGUUCAUGUGUAUAAUGAAAACGAAAAUUCGGUGACAAAAAAAUCACUGCCAAUCAGAAUAUUUUAUGUUUAAUAGACCUGUGAGAUUGUACGGUGGGUGAAGCAAUGCAGUGAAACCAAGCGAUGGACAUAAAUGUCAAAAGUUUUUAGUUUGCACCAAAUCUCUCAUUAAUUUAUUCUGUGUCAGUUUGUUUCAUGACUGGUUAGGACACAUUACCAAACCAAAUCUCUAAAUGUAAAAAUUGACAUUUUGUGGUACAACCCUACUUGUUUUUUUAAUUUAAUAUUUUUUAUAUAUAUAUAUUGAUCACAGCAGUGCAAAAACCAUCACAGACAACAACAUGCUAAUCUGCUAACUGAUUAACUGGUUAAACAUACACCUGUUCAACUGUUUGAAGCGCUAAUUCUCAUUAUGUGCUUAGAAAAUCUGAAUGUUACAGAUGACUGCACCAAUCAAUUCAACUAGUGUGACUAGCAUGUUAGCUACUUUGUGUGCCUCUGCUAAGCAAAGGCCAAAUCAAGUGCUUUUCUUCUACAUGGACAAAAUUACCAUAAGAGCAGCGCUUGUUGUGUUUUGUUGUGUGGUGGUGUCCAGGUAACAAACUGUGUGUCUCUAUAAGUGUUUUGUCUUUCCUGGCCAAGGAUGUCCACUGCUUUGUUCUCUUCCCACGCCUCACUUCCCAACUUCCUGCUUUUCCUCGCCCUCCUUUAUAUUCGACAAGCUCAUGGACUCUCACCGUUUUAGAAUUGUAAAAUAUGAUUUUGUAUUCAUUUGAGAGUUUUACACUACUUUAAAUUAUUAAUUUUCACAUUAGUUACCAAUGUAAAUAGCAGGAGAAAAAGAGACAAAAUAAGAUUAGUUUAUUG